GCUCUCCCUCUCUGCCCACACCAUCUCCCGCAGACCGCAGACUCUACUUGCUCCGGCACCGCUCUCUUCCGUUGCAGUUGCGACCGAUGCUACCGCGAUGGCUCGCCGUGGCCGCGCGUCGGCGAGCACGGCCGGCCUGGGGGCGCGCGCACGCUCUCUCGUACGCUAGGGUGGUGGACGCGGCGGCUCGGGACGGCGAGCUCCGGGUGUUCGUGGUCGCAGGCGAGGUCUCAGGCGACUCGCUCGCUUCACGGCUCAUGGCGUCCCUCAGGGCGCUCUCCCCUGUUCCCGUCCGCUUCGCUGGCGUUGGCGGUGAAUUAAUGUGCAAGGAAGGCUUGCAAUCACUUUUUCCCAUGGAAGAAAUUGCCAUAAUGGGUUUGUGGGAGCUGCUGCCACACAUAUAUAGUGUCAAGAUGAAAAUUGAGGAUACUGUAGAUGCUGCUAUAUCAUUUCGGCCUCACGCUGUGGUUACUGUUGAUUCAAAGGGAUUCUCGUUUCGCUUGUUGAGGCAAUUGAAAUGCAGAUGGAAUCAAAAGGUUCUAAGUCCUCUACAUGUCCAUUAUGUUGCACCGUCAUUCUGGGCCUGGAAAGGAGGUGAAAGCAGGCUCCCGAAGUUACAUAAUUUCGUGGACCACAUGUUGUGCAUUCUUCCAUUUGAGGAUGAAAUAUGCAGAUUAAAUGGGUUGCCUGCUACUUAUGUGGGCCAUCCCUUAUUGGAUGAUGCUAUUUUCUUAAACAUGGAACCAGAAUUGUCUGCUGACAAGUCUAAGCUUAGAAGAAGCAGUGAAGCUUUCCGACUGGAGCAUGGGUUGUCCCCAGAUGCCACAAUCAUAACCAUGCUGCCUGGAAGCAGGAUGCAGGAGGUAGUUCGAAUGCUUCCAAUCUUCUUGCAUAGUGUGGAACACUUAAGAUGUAGAUUUAAUGAACUGUCACUAGUCAUCCCAGUUGCUCCACAUCGAGAUGUGAGGACCUAUGUUGAAAAAGUAGUCCAGUCAGGGCUGUUUCCAGUGGUGUUAAUACCCGGGGGAUCGCUUAAAGAAAGAUAUGACGCAUUCAGUGCUAGUAGUGCAGCACUAUGUACUUCGGGAACAGCUGUUAUGGAACUAAUGCUAGCUAAACUACCCUGUGUAGUAGCAUACAAAGCUCAUUUCAUCACAGAAUGCUUUAUCCACCUGAGAAAAAAGAUAAAUUAUAUUUCUCUGCCCAACAUUCUCUUGAAUUCUCCCGUGGUGCCUGAGAUCCUUUUCCACUCCUGUACAGCUAAAAACUUGGCUGCAAAACUAAGCGAGGUUAUUUCUAAUGAUGAAGUUCGUCAGCUGCAAGUUGAGUCAGCUGACCAAGUAUUCAAGGUUCUCUACGAGCCUAUCAAGAAACGAGGUAAUUUAUUCAUGGAAGAGUUGGGCAAUGCAAGCUUGUCAACAAAUGUCUACUCCCCUAGCAUGAUUGCAGCAUUAACAGUGCUUUAUACGGAUAAACAUCAACAUACAGUGUUCUGGAAUUGAGUGGUAUAGUCUAUUUUUUGUUUUGCAAAGUGGUCUUCGACGAAUCAUAUUGACUGCCAUUGAUCCACAAUUGGAGGAGCAAGCAAUUUCUUAGGUAAAAGCAUUCAGUUCCGAAGUCUUGCAGGGAUCAGGUCAACACCACAUUAUCAUUAUAGAUUCCGGGCAUGUGUUCUAGUGGGGUAAGUGCGAGUCUGGGUCAUCUUGUUGGCGCAGACUCUUCCGUGUUUAGAAUUUCCUGAAGGGAACAGGGAGUUAGGAAGCAUUGCUGAAAGGAACCGUGGGACCUGGUAACUAUUAAUGAAGUACGAAGAUAUUGCUGCAUUUGUUCAGGUUCUGCGAUUGCAAGGCUGCCUGUUUGGUAAUUUGGCUGCUGCUGCUUUAGGGAAGGAUUGAGGAGUUGUCACUCUAUUCAAUAUUUCUGCUCGAUGCCGCAGCUUCUGAUGAACAUGUGAACAUGUGCUGAUGAAUGGACUGUUAAAUCCCCAAAAAUCCCUACGAAAUUUUGGCGAUGAUUCCUGAUGUACUAGUAAUAGUUUGCAUGUCUUGUAUCAGUUCAUUUUGUGGCUGAUGAACGCUAGACGUUUUUUUGUUUUGUUUUGGAAAUGGAUCGACGCACUGGUUGGACUCUAAUUUCAUGUCAAAGUGGGUGAAGCGUGGAUUCCCACGUUGCCGGUGGUAACGUCACGCCUGAGCUCACGCAGAGGGUGGGCCAUGAGACGGCGAAUGUUCGGUGGAAAAUAUUUUGAAUUCUUGCUGUUAGUUUACAAGACGCAAGGGCUAUGUCGGCAGUGGGCUCCAUCGGCUAACAUCUGUUGCUUUUAGAGUAGAUUUUAUGGCGAAUGUUCCAUGGAAAAUAUUUCGAAAUCUUCUCGUUAGUUUACAAGUUGCCAGCUUUUUGCUGGCAGUGGACUCCAUCGGGCAAUAUCUUUUGCUUUUCUAGAUUUUCUUUGCCUGCCAAGUUCCAGAUGG